AUGCGUGUUUAUUUUGUUAAUUUCUUUCAUUCAUUCAUUCUUUAUUUAUUUAUUUAUUUUUUCUUUCUUUUCUGCUGCCCUUCAUAUUUUAUUUCCCCUCUUCUGUCUUUUUUUUCUCUUUUUGACUCCUUUAUGCGUGUUUAUUUUGUUAAUUUUUUCAUUCAUUCAUUUCUUUAUUUAUUUAUUUAUUUUUUCUUUCUUUUCUGCUGCCCUUCAUAUUUUAUUUCCCCCUCUUCUGUCUUUUUUCUUCUUUUUGACUCCUUUAUGCGUGUUUAUUUUGUUAAUUUCUUUCAUUCAUUCAUUCUUUAUUUAUUUUUUUUUUUUUUUCUUUUCUUUGCCCUUCAUAUUUUAUUUCCCCCUCUUCUGUCUUUUUUCUUCUUUUUGACUCCUUUAUGCGUGUUUAUUUUGUUAAUUUCUUUCAUUCAUUCAUUCUUUAUUUAUUUAUUUAUUUUUCUUUUCUUUUCUGCUGCCCUUCAUAUUUUAUUUCCCCUCUUCUGUCUUUUUUUCUUCUUUUGA